UCAAGCCAAAUAAUACCUACACCACUCAACUGCGUACGGCAGGCGACCACAACAGGGAAACCGUGGUCAGUCAGGUUCCUUUUCCUGCAGAGCCCCAGGACAGAGGGGGGCGAGCCAUGAUCCAUCGACCAUUCCCGUGCGCUAGAAGCCAUGGAAAGAAACGACACACCCUCCAUCGACGGGAGAAGCACAAGAGAAAGAAAGAAGAGGGGACGGCGAACGGCGGCAACGGAAGACAGAUUGAGGCAGGAAAGCAAAUCGUAACGAUUUACGGGAAGACACACAAAAGGGAGAGGGAAUUAGGGGGGAAAACAAGAAGAUGGGCGCAACGAACACAUCACCAGUUGCGACAGCUCACAUGCCACAAGGUCAAGCAGCGGCGCGCAUCGCGAAUUGAACAAGCCACAGCCGCCCGCACGCCUUCCCCCCCCCCCCCAAAGGGGAAAAAACUACCAAGGAGAGAAAAAGGAAAAACAGACUUCUCCGUCGCCGCAGAGAGGCAGAGAAGGCGUACGUACGGUGUACCUCACCAAGGGUUGGAGGUCAAGAAAUACGACCAAUCCUUCAAAGUCGAAUGGGUGGUUUACGGGGGGCGCUUGUCUGUCAGUUUGUUGCUGCCACACCCCCUCUUAUCCAUGCUUCACCUUACGGCGAUGUCGGUAAGAUGCACACCUCCUCCACCCCUCCAACCCCAACCAGCAAUUGCAUUGGCAUCGCUCGCAUUACUCGCACUCAUGUCCUGGGCAUCAAAAUGUCGUCGGUAAUGCUAGUUUGUACAAUGACACACGGCGGCACGUACAGCACCGACAAUACAGGCCCAGUG